CAGGGACGUGGUGGUAGACUCUUGAUACCGGGAUCAGGGACGUGGUGGUAGACUCCUGAUACCGGGAUCAGGGAUGUGGUGGUAGACUCCUGAUACCGGGAUCAGGAACGUGGUGGUAGACUCCUGAUUGUGUAGAGUUCGGUCCUUCUGACGCAGCUAUCACAACAUCAAGGUGUAUUUUAAAAACAGUAAAAGCUGAAAUACAGCAUUCAAAGUUCCCACUUUAUGCGUGACACUGAAGUUAAGGUUGGCUCUAGCUUUAGAUGUAAAGGCAGCAACUGAAUUCACACUAAAUAACCUAAAGCUUUGUUCAUAGAGCCUCCACUGAGCUUUUAAAAAACACCAUAAACUAACCACUAUAGAGAGGAGGGAUUAUAAUCAUCUAUAAACUCGUAUCUCAUAUUCAUAAACUAUUUUACUACCUUCACACAAACCCUGUAAAGAAACAAGUGAAGUAUCAAAUGCAUUAUCAUUAAACAAAAGGUUGAAUAUUCUGUAAACUAUUUGAUUUGGCUGCUAAAUAUUUACUCAAAUGUAGAUUUUUAAACACCUCCAGCUUCUAAAGCAUCUAAAAAUGAACGGUUUGUAUAAUCCCUCUGUAACCUUCGUCUCUCUCUGGCUCCUCCCCCCUAAGGUAAAGCCGUGAAGGAGGCGGAGGCUAACCUUCGUCGUCAGCGGCGUCUGUUCCGCUCCCAGGUGAUGAAGUACAUCGUCCCGGGGGCGCGGGUCGUCCGAGGCAUCGACUGGAAGUGGCGCGACCAGGACGGCAACCCGUCCGGAGAGGGCACCGUCACCGGAGAGGCUCACAACGGCUGGAUUGAUGUAACCUGGGAUGCCGGCGGCUCUAACUCUUACCGUAUGGGCGCUGAAGGGAAGUUUGACCUCAAGCUUGCUCCAGGGUACGACCCUGAGUCGGCUGCCACAGCGCCGUCACCCAAACCUGUCUCAUCCACUGUUUCAGGCCCCGCCUCCUCCACGGUGGGACCCUCCGCAACGCCGGCGUCCAGCGGCAGCACCACGACCACCACCUCCUCCUCGUCCUCCUCCACCACGUCGUCGUCCUCGCAGCAGCAGUCGUGGAGCAGCCUGGUGAAAAAUAACUGUCCCGACAAGGGCGGGGCCACGUCACUGGGCGGGGCCAGCUCCUCCAGCAGGAAGGGCAGCAGCAGCUCCGUGUGCAGCGUGGCCUCCUCCUCUGACAUCAGCCUGAGCUCGUCCGCGGGGCUGCCGGGCGCCGGAGGUCUGCGUCUGGAGAGGAGGGCCGAGGGGCUGCUGCUGGACCAAGGAUCCGGUUUGGGAGGACUAACUGGGGUCGAACCCAUCGUCGCGCUGUCCUCCGCGGUGGAGGGUGGGUCCGGCUCGGCGUCCAGCACCGGCACGCUCACCGCCGACACGCCCGCCCAGGGCGACGAAGCCAGAAACAAGGACUCCGCCGACCCAGCCACGGCGAUCUCCAUGGGGCUGGUGAGCGUGAGCUCGCCCGACGUCAGCUCCGUGUCGGAGUCGUCCGGCAAGGACGCGCCUUCCCAGAGGCCCCUCUGUUCGGCGGCUAAUGCCCGGCUGUCCGUCAGCUCGCUGCUGGCCGCCGGCGCCCCCAUGAGCUCCAGCGCCAGCGUGCCCAACCUGUCGUCUCGGGAGGCCAGCCUCAUGGAGUCCUUCGUCCGCCGCGCACCCAACAUGUCGCGCACCAACGCCACCAACAACAUGAACCUGAGCCGCAGCAGCAGCGACAACAACACCAACACGCUGGGCAGGAACGUCAUGAGUACUGCUACGUCUCCUCUCAUGGGGGCUCAGAGCUUUCCUAACCUCACCAGCACCGGCACCACCUCCACCGUUACCAUGUCAACCUCCAUAGUAACCAGCAGCAAUAACGUUGCCACGGCAACCACCGGUCUGUCAGUGGGACAGUUGCUAAGCAACACCCUGACGACCAGCCUGACGUCCACGUCCAGCGAGAGCGACACGGGACAGGAAGCUGAGUUCUCUCUCUAUGACUUCCUGGACAGCUGUCGUGCUAACACGCUAUUGGCCGAGCUGGACGACGAGGAGGACCUCCCGGAGCCCGACGACGACGACGACGAGAACGAAGACGACAAUCAGGAGGACCAGGAGUACGAGGAGGUCCUGGAGGAGGAGGAGUACGAGACCAAAGGAGGUCGCAGGAGGACGUGGGACGACGACUUUGUCCUCAAGAGACAGUUCUCUGCUCUGGUCCCCGCUUUUGACCCCAGACCAGGAAGAACCAACGUCCAGCAGACCACCGACCUGGAGAUCCCCCAGCCAGGUACUCCUCGCUCGGAGGUCCAGGAGGAGGUGGAGUGUGCUCCGUCUCCUCACCUGUCUCUCACCCUGAAGGUGGCCGGUCUAGGGACGACCCGGGAGGUGGAGCUUCCUCUGUCCAACUACAAGUCCACCAUCUUCUACUACGUCCAGCGGCUGCUGCAGCUCUCCUGCAGCGGAGCCGUGAAGACGGACAAGCUGCGGCGCAUCUGGGAGCCCACGUACACGAUAAUGUACAGAGAGCUGAAGGACUCUGAGAAAGAGAAGGAGAGCGGAAAGAUGGACCUGUGUGAACACAGCAUCAGUAUAUCAGGGGGUCGCUCCGGCGGUCUGAGCCCCGGAUCGGUCUCAGCCAAUCAGAGCAGCGAGAUCCUGUGCGUUGCCCGGGAGAUGGCGCAGGCGAAGGCCGGCUGCAGCCAGAACGCCUGCGGAGUCGAAGAUGUCCUGCAGCUGCUGCGCAUCCUCUACAUCAUCGGAGGAGACGGAGCAACCAACACACACACACUGCAGGAGGACUUUGAUGAGCUGCAGUUCAACGCGUCUCCAGAGGAGUUCACCAGUAAGAAGAUCACCACCAAGAUCCUGCAGCAGAUCGAGGAGCCUCUGGCUCUGGCCAGUGGAGCUCUGCCCGACUGGUGUGAACAGCUCACCUCCAAGUGUCCUUUCCUCAUCCCCUUCGAGACCCGACAGCUCUACUUCACCUGCACGGCGUUCGGAGCGUCCAGGGCCAUCGUGUGGCUCCAGAACCGGCGGGAGGCGACCAUGGAGCGGUCCCGCCCGUCCACCACGGUGCGGCGGGACGACCCCGGUGAGUUUAGGGUCGGUCGGCUGAAACACGAGCGAGUGAAAGUCCCCCGAGGAGAAGCCAUGAUGGAGUGGGCGGAGUCAGUCAUGCAGCUGCACGCAGACAGGAAGUCGGUGCUGGAGGUGGAGUUUCAGGGGGAGGAGGGAACCGGUCUGGGUCCAACUCUGGAGUUCUACGCUCUGGUGGCCGCUGAGUUCCAGAGGACGUCUCUGGGGAUCUACCUGUGUGACGACGACUUCCCAGACGACGAGUCCAGACAGGUGGAUCUGGGUGGUGGUCUGAAGCCUCCUGGUUUCUACGUUCAGCGCUCCUGCGGUCUGUUCCCGGCUCCGUUCCCUCAGGACAGCGAGGAGCUGGAGCGGAUCGCCAAGCUCUUCCACUUCCUGGGCGUCUUCCUGGCCAAGUGCAUCCAGGACAACCGGCUGGUGGACCUGCCGGUCUCCCAGCCCUUCUUCAAGCUGCUCUGCAUGGGUGACAUUAAGUCCAACAUGAGCAAGCUGCUCUACCAGAGUCGCGGGUCUCCCCCGGGACACGACGCCGACCGGCCCAACCCGCUGCCCUUCCUGCUGCUGUCCGAGCUGCAGUCGGAGGCGUCCACCGAGGAGAGCCAGGAGACCUACUCCGUGGGGAGCUUCGACGAGGACUCCAAGUCAGAGUUCAUCAUGGACCCCCCCAAACCAAAACCGCCCGCCUGGUACCACGGCAUCCUCACCUGGGACGACUUCCAGCUCGUCAACCCACACAGGGCUCGUUUCCUGAAGGAGGUGAAGGAGCUGGCGGUGAAGAGGAGGCAGAUUCUAUCCAGUAAGAGUCUGUGUGAAGAUGAGAAGAACACCAGACUCCAGGACCUGAUGCUGAGGAACCCUCUGGGAUCUGGACCGCCCCUCAGCAUCGAGGACCUCGGGUUGAACUUCCAGUUCUGUCCGUCCUCGAAGGUUCACGGUUUCUCGGCUGUGGAUCUGAAACCAAACGGAGACGACGAGAUGGUGACGAUGGAGAACGCUGAGGAGUACGUGGAGCUGAUGUUUGACUUCUGUAUGCACACGGGGAUCCAGAAACAGAUGGAGGCCUUCAGAGAGGGAUUCAAUCGAGUGUUUCCGAUGGAGAAGUUGAGUUCUUUCAGCCAUAAAGAGGUUCAGAUGAUCCUCUGUGGGAACCAAUCACCAUCCUGGACCGCUGAUGACAUCAUCAACUACACAGAACCAAAGCUGGGUUUCACCAGAGACAGUCCCGGCUUCCUGCGGUUCGUCAGAGUUCUCUGCGGGAUGUCGUCUGACGAGAGGAAGGCGUUCCUCCAGUUCACCACCGGCUGCUCCACGCUGCCCCCCGGAGGCCUCGCCAACCUGCACCCCCGCCUCACCAUCGUCCGGAAGGUGGACGCCACAGACUCCAGCUACCCGUCGGUGAACACCUGCGUCCACUACCUGAAGCUCCCAGAGUAUUCCUCCGAGGACAUCAUGAGAGAGCGCCUGUUAGCCGCCACCAUGGAGAAAGGCUUCCACCUCAACUGACCUCACUGAGCAUGCUCCUCGCGUGACGGACAGAUCAGCCGGCCAAUUGCAACCUGACGACUGCUGGAGGACGAGGAGGAGGAUUUAUGUUUGACAGAAAAAAAAAAAAA